AUGCUUUUCAGAAUCUGUGAGUUCUUCUUCUUCUUCUUAUCCUUCUUAUCCUUCUUUUUCUCUUUCUUUUUCUUCUUCUUUUUCUCUUCCUCCUUCUUCUUUUUCUCUUCUUCUUCUUCUUCUUCUCUUCCUUCUUCUUUUUCUCUUCCUUCUUUUUCUCCUCAUUCGUCUUCUUCUUCUUCUUUGUUGUUAGGAAGUUCGAGUUUGUUCGGUUGGCAUCCCGAGGUCGGCAAGCUUACGCAAAAUGGAAGUUCGCUUAGUGUUGUCAAUGCCAUGUGCGUUCUUUCUAUCGUUCUCUUUUUCUUUAUUAUUUGCUCGCUGGCUUGUUCCCACAGUCGCUUUAACUUUCAUUUAUCGUUCAUUAAGCGUAUCCUUCCUAAUGCUUCCGCUUCGGUCUUAGCCGUUUACGUCGACGUCGUCGCCUGUCUUUUUUUCGUGUGCGCAGGCAAGGUAUCGUCAUUGUUCGUUCGCUCGUUUCAUCGUUCACCCUUGCCUGUUCCACUCUGCUCGUCGUUUUCGCCGGAGUUGUCUUGCUUAGGGGGAGAACGCUUAUCCGCACCGGUUUCCCAAAUCGCUCGCGCGACCUCAAGGAAUGGUUGUCGGACACUCUUCUCCCGGAAAAAAAGAAAUAAUUAUCUCGCUCUCUUGCCACCCCUUUUUGCGUUAGAGCACCCUUUUACCGAUAAAGGGCAAUCGUGUUUCGGUAGGCAGAGUCUCUUUUUCCUUUCUUGUUUUUUAUUCUUUCUUUCUUUUUUAAUUCUUGGUUUUUCAUGCUUUCUUUUUUCCUUCUUCGUUUUUAUUCUUUCAUUUUCCUACUUGUUUUUCUUUCUUUUUUCUUCUUGUUUUGUUUUCAUUCCUUCUUUCUUUUUUCUUCUUGUUUUGUUUUCAUUCCUUCUUUCUUUUUUCUUCUUGUUUUAUCAUUCUUUCUUUUUUCCUUCUUCUUUUUUCAUUCUAUCUUUGUUUUUCCUACUUUUUUUCAUUCUUUUUUUCUUUCAACAUCUUAAACUUAAAGUUUCUUUAACAUCUCUCUUCUUUAUAAAUAUAAAUUUAGUCUUUUCCUUUAUUCUUUCUUUCUUGGUUGGAAACAUUUCCGUCAGAUACCGAGACACACUCUUCUUCUUCUUCUUCUUCUUCUUCUUCUUCUUCUUCUUCUUCUUCCGUAUUCCUGAUUCUAUUUUUCUUUUUUCUUUUUUUACCAUUUCCCGCUUCUCCUUCUUUUUUCCUAUUUCUGAUCAUUCCACAUUCAUAUCAAUUCUUUUUCAUCAUUUUCUAUUCUUCUUCUUUGUCUUAUUUACUUGUUCACGCUUGAUAUUUGAUGGCUUUCCCUCUGGGGUCUUAAUGACAGCAAGUGAAACACUCGUGCCGAAUCGAAAACCAGUUGUGUGGACAUCGCGGCCCUUAGAGAUUCUCAAAAUUGCGAAAAAGAGCAAAGUCGUGCGACGAAAGUUCUGA